AUGUUUAAGUUUCUAGCUAAUUCUGAACAUCCAUCUCUUGGACCACAUCUCUAUCUAUUAGGAUUAACUGGUAUUUGGCAGCCAGAUCAAAAAACUCACGUGACACGACUUAAAAUGUUUAUUUUCUACGUUAUUGUUGUAUUUUUCUCAUCUCAGUAUAUUAAAUGUAUUUUUGAUCUCAAAAAGGAAUCGCUUCAACUAAUCCUUCAGUAUGCUCCAUUCCACCUCGGUAUUGUGAAGGCUUGCUUCUUCCGAAAGGAAUGUGAAACUUGGGAUUUACUUAUUAAUUAUUUAUCCCAAGUAGAACGUAAGCAAAUAGAAGAACAAGAGCCGAAAAUGAUUAAGAUUAUGCAGAAUUAUAUUCGAUGCAAUCGGCGCGUCACCUACUUCUUCUGGGCGUUGGCUUUCUUUUCUAAUUUCAGUAUUUUUUCCGAACCUUACGUCAAAAAUAGGAUAAUAGAAAACGGCACCAGUAUCUAUUUACAUAUAUUUGAUGGAUUCAUUCCUUUUAGUAGUGAACCACCAGGUUACUACGUUUCGAUGGCAAUUCAGACGAUCCUAGGACAUGUUGUCAGUGCUUAUGUUAUAGGCUGGGACACAAUGGUUGCGUCUAUCAUGAUAUUUUUUGCCGGUCAACUGAAAAUAGCUCGAAUGUACGCUACAGAAGUUGUAAAACCAGACGCUUUGGAAACCCAUCGGAAUAUUGCAAACUGUCAUAAAUUUCACGUUGAAUUAGUCAAGUACCAAAAGACAUUCAAUGGUUUGUUAUCUCCUGUAAUGUUCGUCUAUUUGAUAGUUAUUUCUGUUAAUUUGGGAGUUUGCAUCAUCCAGAUUGUUGAAGUGCAAGAUGAUUUAGCGAUGCUCAUGUCAAGUUGCUUGUUCGUGGUGGCCUGCUUGAUACAGUUGUUACUUUUCUAUUGGUUCAGUAAUGAAGCGACUGAAGAAAGUUUGAAGGUGGGCUAUGGUGCUUUUGAAAGUGAUUGGGUAAAAUGUGAUAAAGCAAUACAAAAAGAGAUUCACCUCCUAGGACUGAUAUUGAGCAAGAGGCUUGUAUUCAAAGCAGGACCAUUCAACGAAAUGUCACUAACCACUUUCGUGUCUAUCUUGCGAACGAGCUAUAGUUUCUACACACUUUUAGAUAAAACCAAUUAA